AUGGGGAUAUAUAAGCAGAAAAUCGUUAACAUUUUCAAUGGCCUGCGGUACGAAGUGUGCGAGCUUUCUAAGCAAGGCGUGCAACCUCGGGCAAAAUUCAGGGGUCUCUUGUACUUUGGGGUUAUAAAAAAGAUUGUGCCUAUCCGGUCUAAGAUCGAGACCAGGGAAAUCCGACGUGAAAAGAAAGCGCUCAUUGCGGCUAGAAUAGACAAUGCUAUUGAAAAAGAGCUACUGGAUCGGCUUCGUCAGGGCACGUACGGCGAAAUCUAUAACUUUCCUCAAAAAGUCUUCGACAAAGCGUUGGAGUCCGAGGAAAUUCAAGACGUGGUGAAGGAAACUGAGAUCGAAACAGAAAAUGAAGAUGAUGCUGAGACAGCAAGUCUGAACUCAGUUGAGUUCGUUGAGGAUUUUGAAGAAUCUGAUAGAGAAUCUGACAUCGAGGAUACCUACAUUGAAAUGCCUCUUAAGUCCAGAACAAAAGUAAAAGGCAAGGCUUUGACGAAGCCUCGAGUGGAAGUUGAAUAUGAAACGGAAAAUGUUCCAUCUGCUGCCCGUGAACGGCGCAUGGUCUGA